UUGGCUCCUUUCUCACAGUCACACGUACUAUAAAUACCGCCACUCACACGUUCCAUUUCCACAUGCAAUACAUUCUCUGAACUCUUUACCCUCACAAACACACACGUAAACAUCUCAACCAUGUCUAACACUGCUGGCAAGGUGAUCAAGUGCAAAGCUGCGGUGGCCUGGGAAGCCGGGAAGCCGCUGGUCAUUGAGGAAGUGGAGGUGGCACCACCACAGAAACAUGAAGUACGCUUGAAGAUCCUCUUUAAUGCUCUAUGCCACACUGAUGUAUACUUCUGGGAAGCAAAGGGACAAAAACCUCUGUUCCCUCGGAUUUUAGGUCAUGAAGCUUCAGGAAUUGUGGAAAGCGUAGGCGAGGGUGUAACUGAACUCAAACCGGGAGACCAUGUCCUCCCGGUGUUCACUGGAGAAUGCAAGGAGUGCACACAUUGUAAGUCAGAGGAAAGCAACUUGUGUGAACUCCUAAGGAUUAAUACUGACAGGGGUACUAUGCUCAAUGACGGCAAGACCCGGUUUUCCAAGGAUGGAAAGCCAAUUUAUCACUUUGUUGGUACCUCUACAUUCAGUCAAUACACUGUUUCACAUGUUGGUUCCGUUGUGAAGAUCAACCCUGCAGCGCCUCUUGACAAAGUUUGUGUUCUUAGUUGCGGAGUUUGUACAGGUUUUGGUGCAACUGUAAAUGUUGCAAAGCCGAAAAAGGGUUCGUCUGUUGCCAUUUUCGGAUUGGGUGCUGUUGGUCUUGCUGCCGCGGAAGGUGCAAGGGUUUCUGGGGCUUCAAGGAUCAUUGGAGUUGAUCUGAACUCCAACCGAUUUGAGGCAGCCAAGAAGUUUGGGGUGAGUGAAUUCGUGAAUCCAAAAGAUCAUAACAAACCUGUUCAGGAGGUGAUAGCUGAGAUGACCAAUGGUGGAGUUGAUAGGAGUGUUGAGUGCACUGGGAGCAUCGACGCUAUGAUCUCUGCGUUUGAAUGUGUUCAUGAUGGUUGGGGAGUUGCUGUACUUGUUGGAGUGCCAAAGAUAGACUAUGAAUUCAAAACCCAUCCGAUGAACUUCUUGAAUGAGAGGACUCUGAAAGGUGCUUUCUAUGGUAAGUACAAGCCCCGCACCGAUCUACCUGGUGUUGUGGAGAAGUACAUGAACAAGGAGAUGGAAGUGGACAAAUUUAUCACUCACUCUGUUCCUCUCUCUGAGAUCAACAAGGCAUUUGAGUACAUGCGUCUAGGAGAGGGAAUCCGGUGCCUCAUCUGCAUGGACCAGUAGAGCAGUUUUACUCUACUUCUUUUUAUGAAUCGAAAGGGUUUUUAUACAUAUGUAUGUGUGUGUGCGUGUGUGUGUGCGCGCGCGUGUGUGUGUAUGUAUGUACGUAUGUGUGUAUGUAUUUGGAAAAAGAAUAAUUUGGCUAUGGAAUUUCAAGACUAGCUAGUGCAAACAGACGAAUUUGCAAUAGUUUGGAUGUCUUUCCUUUUAAAUAAUACAAGGUAAUUCCCCGGGUGAUGCUGCGGGUUUGUUUGUGUGAUUGAUAA